GACACCCCCUUGACCUCAGAUGGCAGCAGAGCUGUAGCCCACCCUUCUUCCACUCCUGGUGGGUAAAGUCUUCCAGACCCCUGCAGACACACACCAGCAGGACUUCCCUUUCUUCUGCAGACUGCACCAACGUCAGAGAGGAGCUGGACUCACCUGGAAGGAUCUCGGCUCGUCGUGAACAGAAGUGGACCCAACAUGGCAUCCCAGAGCCCAGCGCUCCCACAGUCCUUCUCUCCUGGGACAGACAGCGUCUUUUCUGACCAGUCAGGCUUCUAUUCACUCGACUCCAAUGUUCCUGGACUCUCUAAGGUGAUUCUCAACCAGCUCAGCAUGAAGGACUACGGAGAAUACAGGGCUGCUGUGGAGGGAAAGACUAAAGGACUCCGGUUCCGCAACUACAAGGAGAUGUUCCAGAAGAUGGAGGAAACCUUCAAGUUCUGCGCCAGCUGCAACAAACUCCCGGAGCGUCUCGCCGAGGGACAGACCCUGAAGCGCUGUGUGAAGUGUUUGAAUGUGUACUACUGCACAAAGGACUGCCAGAAAAAGGACUGGCCUCAUCACAAGAAGGUCUGCAAAAUCCUGCGAUUGGUGGCCAUUGACCGGUUGGUGGAGUGGCUGAUGUUCACUGGAGAUCUUCCAAUCCCAACUGAGCAAUGGUCCAAAGCACCUGCAGAUGUGAAGGGUUGGGACGACUGGCUUCCCAUGCAGGAGGGCCUCACCCAAAGUCUGGACAGAAUCCUAUCCAGCGCCAACAUGGCAGCUCUGUGGAAGAACGCCGACAGGACCCGACCAGACGAUGACGACCUGAAACAGUCCUUAUGGAGGAUUCAGAGCGAGUUCAUAUCUCGGGUUCUGACCGUAGGAAGGGCAAUUCAGCAGUUUGGGCUGGACCCGUAUCUGAAGCCUCUCACCGUUCACAUCGUAGGGGCCUCCCACAGUGAGACUAUGGGAGCCAGACUGACUGACUAUGAUGAGCUGAGCCACAUGUUUCCUGGACACCAGGGCAUUGAGAUAGUGAUGGUGGGCCCUGAGGUGGUGGACGGCCGCAUCGUGAGACCUCCGCUCAGAGCAUUUGGCCCCAAGCACAAGGUGUACAUCAGUGCCUAUAAGGGCCUCUACCAUCAGUUCUGGGAGGAUGUGGUGGAGAAAGGGGAAGCGGCCAGGCCAGACGUUGUAGUCGGAUUCCACCCAGGUUUCCAUGCCAACCAGGGUUUGGUCCAGGGCUGGCUGCCCUCCCUCCUGCUGCUCAGAGACUACAACAUCCCGUCUUUCUUCACCAUGUUCAGUGACACGGAGCUCCAGUAUUCCCUGCAGAUCCUGCUGGAGCUGGAGAUGCACAUCAGAGACAGCGGGCCCAGUCCGUUCAGCUCCCAGAAACCGGAGCAGGUCCAGGCCUGUCCUAACAAACCGCCGGUCUACUGCAACUCCCAUUGCGUCUGCUUCCGGGGCCUCCUGCCUCGGGAUGACCUCCAGGGGUCACGUUAAGGAUGAGGUCUGAGGGCACGAAUGUUAGGGCCACACUAAGAAAUUAUGACUUCAUUCUCAUAUUAUCAUCACUUUAUUCUCAUAAUACUCAUUAUUCUUGUAUGAGUCAUUGUACGACUUUAUCCUUGUAAUAUUUUGACUUUAUUCUUGUUAUAUUAUGAUUUCAUUUUUGUAAUAUUAUGGUUUUAUUCUCAUAAUACUCUGACUUUACUCUUACAUUAUUUUGACUUUAUUUUUGUAAUAUUAUGGUUUUAUUCUCUUAUUAUUUUGACUUUAUUCUCAAAAUAUUUUAACAUUACUGACUUUAUUGUUGUAUGUUUAUGACUAUUCUCGUAAUAAUAAUAUAUCACAGUUUUAUCUAUUUAUUUUUUUCUGAGUAUGACUCUAACUCUGUCGUCUGUGGGAGACAUAUUGUCUCUAAGAGCCAAACUUCACCUGAUUUUUCUCCUCAUGAUGCUUUAACUAAAGAGAGAGAGUAAAGAAAUCUCUUAAAUUAAAAUUGUUUUUUUUUACCGGCCACUCAGACAUUUCACCAGUCACUGAUUUUUUUCUUUUGAUUACAAACCCCACCUGUACAAGCAAAUUAUAUAAAAUAUACGAUUUAUUCUUAACUAUAUGAAAACCGGUUUACAUAUACAGACUAUUUUAACAUAACAAAGGUAAAGCAAUAAGUUCACUUGAAGUAAUUACUAACAGCAAACUUUAACUACACAACCCUAAAAUUCUUGCAAUCAUUUCCUCUGUUGAACGUUCCCACGUUUAGGCUACAACUCCCCCAGAUAGUAUUAAGUUAAAAUGUGUCUAGUGAUUUUUUAAACAUUUUUAAAUGGUUUCAAUUGCUGUUUUCUAACUAUUCUAGUUGUUUCCCCUUACUUAUUACGUUUUCUAUUGAAAUUCACAAUUCUUAUUUUUACUAAAAACAUCUCAGAACGUGUUCAUUAUUAAUAACACAGCCGUCAUUAUUCCUGUGUUUUCCCAGAGUUUUUCAGUCUGCCUGCUAGCUUAGCGUUAGCUUUCCUCACUCACUCACACCUGCCCUCCUGCCUCUUAAUGAACAUGUUCCCUCCUAAUUGGGCAGCAGCAGCUAAUCUGAUGUAUGUGCAUUAGUCUGUUUCCCAGACGGUCAGUCCGCCCCUGGACUAAAGUUCAAACUGAAUGGAGUUUUUUUUGUUUCCUCUUCAAAUUGUCAACCCGCCACAGUGACGGGUGCGUUGGUCCAAUUUACACGCCACUUCAUACUUUUACCCGCAUUUAUCCAGUGGCGGGUGCUAAUUUCCACGCCUGCUUACAUCUGAUUUUCCUUGAGGACGUGAGCAGCAGUUCCCCCUCUGCUGGCAGCCUGCGGUAAUGCAGCUGCUGGAUAAACGGCUCAUUGCUCCACAUUCAUCAUGAGGCCUAAAUUAUUUCUGUCAUCGCUCGAUGGCUCCCUGUGAUUCGCUCUGCAGUUACAACAAUUACAAAUCUUACAAGAGCUGCGUGAAAAUGGAUUACAUAUUAAUAUACCUUCAUCUGAAAGGAUCAAAUUACAAUCACUUCACAGGUUUGGUGUCUCCACUAAUGCACCUUUCAUUAUUUGGUCCUAAGGGAAGUUCUUAACUGCAGCAGCCAGCUGUUUUAUUCUUUAUUACUGACGAACUUUUAAUUGCAGAUGUAACUACACUCUUCCACUCAAAUGACAUUUUAAGUGUUUUAAGUUUUAAAUGAAAUGAAAUGGAAAAAUUGAAACAUGACAGUGGAAAAUAAAGCUUCUUAUGUUACCUGA